AUGUCCUUAAAAGGAGUCGCUGGUAACACGCAAGCCGCCACUCCGACAGACGAGAUCCAUCUCGAUUUUGAUAUGUUCGUUGGCCGCCAAGCGGCAGAAAGCAUAGAAGGCGAUGUCGUACUUACUAAGGGCCUGUUGAUCGAGUUUGCAAAAGACUUUUGGGAGCUGCGUCGGCAGAGGCAGCUCAAGACUCAACUUGCGGACUAA